CUCAUUCCAGUCCUUAGUGUCCAAUAGAUUUUUCGAUAUUAACACGUUGACAUAGAUUUGGGCUUAAUCCUGCUUUUCCCAUCACUUCUACUGUACAAUCAAUGGAUAUUGCUUAUGUUUUCUACGCGUACCUUCCAUGCAUUAUAGCUCUGUAUGUGAUCACGCAACAUCUCCUUCACAAGUUCCUGAAUUUCCCACCAAGUCCUUUUCCUGUUAUACCUAUAAUCGGUCACCUUUACCUGUUAAAGAAGCCUAUUCAGAAGACCUUAUCGAAUCUUUCCAAUUUGUAUGGUCCAGUGUUUUUCCUCCGGCUAGGCUCUCGUCCUGUCCUUGUUGUUUCAUCUGUAUCAGCUGCUGAAGAAUGUUUUACCAAGAACGACAUCAACUUUGCCAACCGGCCUCAGCUGCUCUAUGCAAAAUACCUCGGCUACAACUACAAUAGUAUUGUUUGGGGGCCUUAUGGUGAUCACUGGAGAAACCUGAGACGUAUUUCCUCUAUUGAGAUUCUUUCAACUUACCGCUUACAGAAAUUAUCUCAGAUUCGGUCUGAUGAGGUACAGACACUGAUACAAAGAUUGGUACUAUCUUGCGGUGAGGAUAAGUAUCAAACUUUGCACGUGAAACCUGUGCUCAGUACACUUAUGUUCAAUGUCAUGACUAGGAUGAUUGCUGGGAAGAAAUUUUUCGGGGAGGAUACAUUGAAGUCGGAAGAGGCCAAGAGAUUUAAGGAGAUAAUAGCGGAGUCAUCUGUCUUGGUUGGAGCAUCAAAUGUUGGAGAAUUUAUGCCAAUUAUUCGAUGGCUUUUGUUCAAUAAAAUGGAAAAGAAGCUGAAGAUAUUGCAUAAGAAAAGAGAUGGGCUUGUGCAAAAGUGGAUUGAAGAAUUUCGUGACAAAAUCUCAGAUGGUACUGGAGAAUCAGAGGAGAAAUCUAUGAUUGAGAUUCUGUUGUCUUUGCAACAUAAAGAACCCGAAUAUUAUACGGAUGAAACUAUCAAAAGUCUCAUGCUGGCUCUGUUACAGGCAGGGGUCAGUACAUCAGUUGAUACGAUGGAGUGGGCGAUGGCAUUCCUUCUUAACAGUCCGAAUGUGCUCAAGAAGGCACAAAGUGAAAUUGACAAUUGUGUCCCACGACAUCGUCUAAUUGAUGAGACAGACUUGGCUGAGCUUCCAUAUUUGAAAUGCAUCAUUCGUGAGACAAUGAGGAUGAGUCCAGUAGCUCCAUUCCUUGUACCCCACGAGUCGUCGAUGGAUUCCACUGUAUGUGGUUUUUUUGUCCCCCGUAAAACAAUGUUAUUGGUGAAUGUCAAAUCAAUACAAAAUGACCCUGGUUACUGGGAAGACCCUGAUAUAUUUAUGCCAGAGAGAUUUGAAGGUCUUGAUGUGGCCAAUGUGGGGUGUAAGUGGAUGCCAUUUGGAUCAGGCAGGAGAGGGUGUCCAGGAGAGGGAUUGGCGAUGCGUAUAGUUGGAUUGACACUAGGAGCAUUGAUUCAGUGCUUUGACUGGGAUCGCAUGGGCGAGGAAAUGGUGGACAUGACCACAGGAAGUGGACUAACCGCACCCAUGGCUCAACCAUUGAUGGCUAAGUACAGGCCUCGUCCGACAAUGAUCAACCUUCUGAGCCAAAUUUAAAGAGUAUAUUAUGCAGAUAGUUUGAUAACUUUGUUAGUUUCAUACAUUUUAAUUCGAAUUUGCCAAAUAUUAGUCUUGAUAAAUUUCUUAUAAAGGGGUUGCAGACUGUGCACUGCAUGUUUUUGUUA